CUACAAGUUAUCUAUAUAUGUAUCAAACCCCCCAGACGUGACAAUGCACACACCAUGGCCGCAGAUACAAUCGUUCGGAGCAAGUUUGCUCCCGUCUCCAUCCCGGAUGAUGUGUCGAUCUCUCAAUUCUUCACUAGAUACAAUCCCGACAAUGUUGCGGAUGACAAGGUCGUACACAUUGACUUGAUCAAAGGGAAAGAGCUCACCUAUGGCGGAUUGAGGAAGUCUGCCGGGCGAGGUGCUUGGGGCUUGAAGCAGAGCUUGGACCUCAAGAGCGGGAAUGUUGUCUGCAUUCUGGCACAAAAUUCCUCGGAUUUCGUCUUGCUAGCUCAUUCUAUCUGGUGGGCAGGUGCUGUUGUAUCGCCAAUUAAUCCGCUGCUCACGGUGAAAGAUAUUCUACAUUGUUUUUCACUUGUCAAGCCCACCCAUAUUGCCGUGUCUGGAGCUUAUCACGAGAAAGUUCAAGAGGCUUUGCAGCAAUACCGUGGCGUUAAUGCGCCUCGCAUAUUCACGUUGCUAGACCGGAUAGAGAACUUGCGAAAGUUUCCUGAAGAUAUUGAAGGCAGCUCAGAUAAACAAAGCUUACCACCUUAUGACCUAGAAGGCCAAAGCUCCAAGAGCGUUCUUGCAUCUAUCAUCUACUCUUCAGGGACGACUGGCAAAAUGAAAGGGGUAAAAGUUUCUCACUACAAUCAUGUGAUGAACAUCCUUCAGGGUCGUAGCUCGGUGCCUGUCCGACAAAAUUCUGAUCAGAGAAUCAUCUUCUUCGCACCUUACUGUCAUAUCUACGGUCUCGGUACAGUUGUUUUGAACAACAUGUGGCAAGGGAACUUUACCUGCGUUCUGUCCGCAUUCGACCUGGAGACCUAUUGCCAGCAAUUCAGCAAGUACAAAGCUACGCUUGCAUAUCUCGUUCCGCCCAUUGUGCUCAUGUUGGUUGCGUCCGACAUGACACAGAAGUACGACUUCUCGGCACUUGAAUGUAUCAUCGUAGCAGCAGCACCCCUCAAAGAAGCCCUGCAGAAGAAGGUCAAGGCGAUAUUCCCUUCAACAAAGAUCACCCAGGGCUACGGACUUUCCGAAUGCUCACCUUCGGUCCUCAUGCAGCACGAGUCGGACGAACAGUAUGUCGGCACCUGUGGACGACUUCUAGCGAGCACAGAAGCUCGAUUGGUAGAUCCCAUUUCCGGAAAGGACGUGGGCGUCAACAAGGAAGGAGAGCUUUGGGUUCGAGGGCCACAGACUAUGAUGGGCUAUGUCAAUAACGAAGCGGCGACGAAGGAGACGUUUGUGGGAGAGUGGCUCCGUACCGGCGACAUCAUGACACGAGACGUAAACGACAACUUCUGGGUAACGGACCGGUUGAAAGAGAUGAUCAAAUAUAAGGGACUCCAAAUCGCGCCUUCGGAGCUCGAAGAUAUACUCCUACAGCACUCCGACGUCGUCGACGCAGCAGUGUGUGCGAUCUACGAUGAUGAGCAAGCGAGUGAGGUCCCACUUGCGUACGUGUCACUGGUUCCAUCCGUUGUCGACCAAGGCUCAGGUAGCAUCGGGAGGGUAUUGGAUAAUAUAAGAGAAUGGCACGAUGGAAAAGUAGCGGGCUACAAGAAGCUAAGGGGAGGCGUUCACCAUCUACAACAACUGCCCAAGAAUCCCAGUGGAAAGAUAUUAAGACGAGAACUACCCGCAAGAAUCAAACAAGCUAGAUUUGGGAAUCUCUGAGAGAAUGCAAAUACGGUGGAGCAUUACAAUUAGCAUAAGCAUAGAAAACAGCAUGUAUAGCAGCAGCAAAUGUUUAUCUACUAUUAGGAUCAUGACAG